AUGCAGGACACCGAAAGCGUGCUCGUACAGUCCAACGUUGACCGGCGAACAUGCCAGCGCGUAAAGCCUAUGCAAGUCCUAGUUUUGGGACUGUGCCGCACCGGUACCCUAUCAACAUGGCUGGGCUUACAGCAAUUGGGAUACGAGACGUAUCAUAUGACAUCCAUUAUGCAGAAUCCCAAGGAUGCCGAUAUGUGGACGGAAGCCUUUCGGGGCAAGUACCAUGGGGGAAGGCCGUACGGGCGUCAAGACUGGGAUCAGCUGCUAGGCCACGUCGAGGCCAUCACCGACUUUCCCGGCGCUGUCUUUGUCGAGGAACUGACGCAAGCCUACCCAGACGCUAAGGUGGUUCUAACUCUACGCGACCCGGACGACUGGGUGCGCUCCAUGAAACAGACCAUCAUGACACAGACCUACAGUCCACUUGCCACGUUCAUGGGCUGGAUUGAUCCAGAGAAUUUUGGCAAUGGCAACCGCAUGUGCCGCGUCGGUUUUGACGGACUCUUCCGCGGCGACUUCGAGCGCUAUGGGCGCCAGGCUUUCGUUGAACACUACGAUCACGUUCGCCAAGUCGUCCCGGCUGAUAACCUUCUCGAAUGGAACCCCAAGGAGGGAUGGGAACCCCUCUGUAAAUUCUUGGGCAAGCCAAUCCCUUCGACAUCGUUCCCGCGCGCCAAUGAUGCUGCCGUGUUCAAGAACAAAUCAGCCUCUGUGGUGCGGUCGGCCUUUUUGCGCCUGGGGAAAAGACUCUCAGUCUACGGGCUAGUCAUCACGGCCGCCUAUUUCAUUGCCCAUUUCGGGUCUAAGUUCUUCGCAGUCUAUCGGCAGAGGCUUCUCAGGGUCUUGAAGAGGGGCUAG